GUCGAUCCAUUGGAUAGCUUGGAGGGCAUAUUCGUCCACCUAAAUAUCUUUGAUCUCUGCGCAUACAAGGAGGAGAAGACUUGCUAAAUUUUUUUGGGCCGACUUAGGGUUUGACAUCCACCACCACCGCUCGUUGCUUGCUGGAGAAGGAGGAGGAGGUUGAAAAAUUCAUCAUCUGUCGACUUCUUAUCAUCGAUCCUUGUAGUAAUCGAUCGUUGAUCUGUGUAACAAUUUCAGUUUUUUUAAUCUGUAAUUGUGCACGUGGAAUUUGUAGUAAAAACUGGUGAAUGAUGAUUCACACUCCUGAAAUUGGAACAAUGUCCUAUCGGUGUUGGAAAUAAGAAAAUUUUUUGAGUUUAUAUUGUUAAUAAGGGCACUAGUUUGUCUAGCUCUUAUUGCUGAUUAAGUGAUCAAUUGAGAACUGCUCUUGGAUGCAUUUUUGUGCGUGGUUUAUCAACUUCUGUCAAUGGCAUGGAUGUGGUCUCUCUGAGGCGAAACUGAGGCCGGUUUGUAUAUAGCUGUUAUCUUUGAACCUUUGGCUUUAAACCAGUGGAUAGGGAUUGAUCCUGUAGGUAAACAUGGAAACAAAAUUCGAAAAGGUAUUGGAUAGAAGCCGGAACAUUGUUGUUGACUUGAAGAGAAAGCGGGAAGCUCGAUGCGAGACCCAUCUCUCUGGGGCUACACACGUGAUAUUGCCAGUGCGACCCUUGCUGAACUCAUCAAUCCGCCCGCUUGGAAAGCGGACGAAGCUGAAUGGAUCAAGAAGCAGGUGCGGUGGCUACAAAUUUCACCAAAAAGAAUCUCUACUUAGAUACUAUCUUAAUUUUAGGAGAAGUGGGCUUCCACAACGUCUGAUGUACUAUCAGAACAGUCAAUGGACUGAUUUCCCUGAGAACAUUGUGUCAAUGGCUAAGCAAGAUCUCCGGACAAAGAGAUCUGCGAGGGAGGUGGUAUUCAAUGGUAAUAACUAUGUGCUAGAUUUCUUCCAUAUGAUGCUGUUGGACCUGAAGUCAGGUAUGCAGCAGCCUAUUGCAUGGAUUGAUGAAGCAGGCAAGUGCUUUUUCCCAGAAGUCUUUGCUUAUUGUGAUGAACUGCAUGAGCCAUGUCACUGUGAAGACAAUGACUGCGUAGACGUGGAUUCUGAGACGGAGGGAUCCAAUGAUCUGGAGUUGCGACUGGAGAUUGAAGUUAAUGGGGCGGAUAUAUCAAGUUCGGAGGAAUCUAGUGGAGAGUCCAAUGCUAAUUUUGAGCAAGUGAACUUUUGUCAUGAACCUGCAGCGAAAAAUCGCAUUGCAGAAGUUGGUGAUGAUCAUGUCAGGAUAUCAGAUACAAAAGCCAAGGACGAUUCUGUGGAAAAUUAUCAAAUGGUGGAAAAUGCUGUCGGCAGGUACGACUCUAAGUGGAAACAUAUGGACCCCAAAGCUGUGAGUGAGAUGUUCCUCAAGGGUAUCAGUUCAUCUGCAAGUGCAAACAUAAUUGACUUGCAACGUAUCUCAAGUUCUUUCAUGGAAGUUCGAAAGGAACUCUUUCAAAAGCAGGUGGAAAUUUUGAGGAAGCAUCGUGGGGAUGCCACUGUUAGUUAUGCUUGGCUUCCUUCUUCUAAAGGAAUGAUUACGAGUAUUAUGAAGUAUGGGCUUGCUAAUUAUUAUCCAUCCAGAACCAACUCCAGUUACGGCAUUGGUGUUCAUCUUUUCCCUGCUAAUUGCAGUGAGAUCAGUGCAAAAUGUUCUGAUGUUGACGAAAAUGGUGUACAAUACAUGGUUUUAUGCCGUGUAAUAAUGGGAAACAUGGAAGUGGUUUGUCCUGGAUCAAAGCAGUUCCAUCCCAGUAGUGAGGAUUUCGAUAAUGGUGUCGAUAGCGUUGAAAAUCCGAAGUGUUAUGUAGUCUGGACUAUGAAUACGAGUACACACAUAUUUCCAGAAUACGUCGUCAGUUUCAAGUUCUCUUCUGAUUCUGAAGGAUAUCUCGUCGGAAACAGGAGCCCAAAUGUCUCAGCUGUCACUAGUUGUCAGGGCCCUGCGGAUAAGGUACCGGCGGAUACACUUCCUGCUGUCUUGGGAAGUGACUGCUAUCAGAAUUCACUAGGCUUGGCCUCAAAAAAGGCUUCAAGGACUCCGAAGUCCCCUUGGAUGCCGUUCCCCAUGUUGUUUGCAGCAAUUUCGAGGAAAGUGCGUCAAGAGGAUAUGAACCUUGUUUGUAGCAAUUAUGAGUUAUUCAAGGGCAAGAAAAUAAACAGGGAUGAAUUUGUCAGGAAGUUGAGGUUGAUCGUAGGGGACACUUUGUUAAGGUCCACUAUAACUAGUCUUCAGUGCCAGGUACCACCUAAAUCAAUGGAAAUGGUCUCUGUAAAGCAAGAACAGGAGAGCAUCUGUCUGGAGUGACGGCGUCUGUUUUAUUUGUUGCUUUUAUGAAUAACUGUUUUUGCUAGGCUAUAGGAACUAAAUAGUUGGACGUAUCUAUUACUUUUUACUUGAAUAUGUGGUAGCUUGAUACUCUGGAGAAAUAUGAUGAGGGCUUAGUUUUCACCCGUCCAGGACUUCUGGGGAUUUGUUUGCCGAAGUAAGUGCCUACGGAGUUGGAGCUUUCAGGUAUAUCUAGCGAGUAGCUCCGAUUAUUAAGUUUCGUUACAUGUAUUUCAUCCUGAAUUUGUUUGUUGGUACUCUAUAAACUGUUAAACAAUGUAUGGGCAAUCUUGUGUACACAUUGUGUUUCUGAUGCCA